GAUUGUUUUUUGCGACGGACACCAACACGGAUAUUCAGCCAGCGGCUUACAAUUAAUCCUUUUAACCGCAAGUCGUCGCCCAGUAGCAUGAAAAAUAUGUUAACCGUUAUCUCUAACGCACUUUGCAGGAUCACGGGCAGGAAUGUGGGAGCCCAAACAGUGUCGGAGUUGCUGAUUGACCUGUCAGAGUACGUCAAUCUAACCUCACCAGCGGCGCCCGCCUUGGCACAGACCCAGCGGCAACCACCCAAACCACCACCUGUCAGUACUAGAGCUUCUGCUGCAGAGUUAGUUAGCACCCAGACCGACAUAGACAGACCAGGCACACAGGUCUUGGUCUCCCGCUCCUUCGCCGACUUCACUCCUCAGGUGACCUUUGACAUCAAGAAAUGCGACCUGCACCGUCUGGAGGAGGGUCCCCCUGAGAAGGCAGAGCUGACUCGGGAUCAGGGACUGCAGUACUACCGCACCAUGCAGACCAUCCGCCGCAUGGAGCUGAAAGCUGACCAGCUCUACAAACAGAAGAUCAUCAGAGGCUUCUGUCACCUCUACGACGGACAGGAAGCAUGUGCAGCAGGCAUCGAAGCGGGCAUCAACCCCACGGAUCAUUUGAUCACUGCCUACCGUGCCCAUGGAUACACCUACACCCGCGGAGUGUCCGUCAAAGAGAUCCUGGCUGAGCUCACAGGUCGUAAAGGUGGUGUGGCCAAAGGCAAAGGAGGAUCGAUGCACAUGUACGCACCCUGCUUCUAUGGAGGAAAUGGCAUUGUGGGAGCACAGGUUCCUUUGGGUGCAGGCAUCGCUCUGGCCUGUCAGUACCAAGGCAACAAUCAGCUGUGCGUCUCAUUGUACGGAGACGGAGCAGCCAAUCAGGGCCAGCUGUUUGAGGCGUACAACAUGGCCGCCCUGUGGAAGCUGCCAUGCAUUUUCAUCUGUGAGAACAACAAGUACGGCAUGGGGACGUCUGUGGAGAGAGCAGCAGCCAGCACCGACUACUACAAAAGAGGAGACUAUAUACCAGGACUGAGAGUGGAUGGGAUGGAUGUCUUGUGUGUCCGAGAGGCUACCAAGUUCGCUGCAGACCACUGCAGAUCAGGAAAGGGUCCCAUUGUGAUGGAGCUGCAGACUUACCGUUACCAUGGACACAGCAUGAGUGACCCAGGCGUCAGCUAUCGCACUCGGGAGGAAAUCCAGGAGGUGCGCAGUAAGAGCGACCCCAUCUCCAUGCUGAAAGAGCGCAUGCUCAGCCACAACAUGGCAUCUGUAGAGGAGUUUAAGGAAAUGGAUGUGGAAAUCCGUAAGGAGGUGGAGGAGGCAGCUCAGUUUGCAACUUCAGAUCCAGAGCCACCACUGGACGAUUUGUGCAACCACAUCUUCUACAACAACCCGCCACUGGAGGUCCGCGGUACGCACCCAUGGGCCAAACUCAAGUCUCUCAGCUAGACUUUUGCAACAUACGUACACACAAAGACCCUCUAACGUCUGUUCAGUACAACCAAGACCCCAUGAAAACAUGUCACUCCAGACCUCUGCAGCAUUCCGCACCUUCACAGGACUCAGCCGGGACCUGAAACCUGCCAGUGUUAUUUAUUUAUGUAGUUUUCUAUAGAAUUAUCUCGGAGUUAAGUGGAUGUUUAUCCUGCUGAUGUGAGGAUAUCAGAUGUUUAAAAUAUCUGAGAAGGUGAUGUGUAUUUAACAGAGAAGGCUUUAGUUCUGAAGGGCUGCACACUAUACGCACAAAAUGUUAUUUUUCAGGUUUUCUUUUCAUUACGAGGCCAAGUUUUUAGCUAAUUUUUAAUGCCAGAAGAAGAAUUAUGAGUUUCAAUCACCUCUCCAUCCAAAACGUCGUUGGCAGCAUUUUCAAUCCUUAUAUUUAUAAAGCAAUCACUGGUUGAGCCUCUUUGCUGAGGUGUUUUUAAAGAUGUCUACAAAGAUUUUGGUUUGUAAAUGGAAAUGCACUAUCGGGAAAAAUUCGAGCCAUGGUAUGAGCUAAGUGUAUGUUUAUUAAAAUGUGAGCGAUUUCUAACGGAAGGGAAAAAGAAACCGAUCACGUUUUUAAAUAUUAAGAAGCAGCUUUUAAACAUUCUCUUUGAUUUGAGUUAAUGGAUGAAAAUGCGCGAAAGGAAACCACUUCGGAUUUCAGCUCUUUACACUGUUACUGCUACUGAUAAAAAUGCACUUACUGUAUUGUUUUGCUCCUCUUUACAUGCACCUCUGUAAAUGUUUACUGUUAGAAAUCCUGUACAGUUACAAAUAUGAAGCUUUACCUGACUGUUUGUGUAUAUGUUAAAUUGUAAAAGACUGUAAAAUAAAUAAAUAUGCAAAUGAGGAAGAAGA